GGAGGGGUUCACAACACUGGGGGCGGGGCUUAGUUUGACAGCUGAGCGUGUGGCAGGGAAGCGAGAGAGAGGAGGGUAGUGGGAGGCAGGUGCGGGGAGAGGAGGCUGCUGUGAGGUUCUUCUGAUACAAUGGAUGUGAUCCUGUACCUGGCGGGGGCGCUGGUCCUGUUACUGCUGUGGAUCAGGGCCAAGGGCUUCGAGUACGUCAUAGUCCACCACAGAUGGGUGUUCGUCUGCCUCUUCUUGCUCCCCCUCUCGGUGGUGUUCGAUGUGUAUUAUUACGUCAGGGCCUGGCUGGUGUUCAAGAUGUGCAGCGCGCCAAAGCAGCAUGACCGCCGGGUGAAAGAGAUUCAAGAGCAGGUGCGUCGCUGGAAGGCAGAUGGAGGUAAAAACUUCAUGUGCACUGGGAGGCCAGGCUGGUUAACUGUAUCCCUGCGUGUCGGGAAGUACAAGAACACACACAAAAACAUCAUGAUCAACCUUAUGGACAUCUUAGAGGUCGACACUAAGAGACAGGUUGUACGUGUGGAACCUUUGGUGAAUAUGGGACAGGUGACGGCCCUUCUUAAUUCUAUCGGCUGGACUCUUCCAGUACUUCCGGAGCUUGAUGACCUGACAGUCGGCGGUCUGAUUAUGGGAACAGGAAUCGAAUCAUCAUCCCAUAACUUUGGACUCUUUCAACACAUCUGCUUGGCCUACGAACUUGUCGUUGCCGAUGGCAGCCUUGUCCGGUGUACACCGACAGAAAAUUCUGACCUCUUCUAUGCCGUCCCUUGGUCCUGUGGAACCCUGGGAUUUUUGGUGGCUGCAGAAAUCAAGAUUGUCCCAGCUAAGAAGUAUGUGAAGCUACAAUACACCCCUGUGCGGGGCCUGGAGAAGAUCUGCGAGAGGUUUUCAAGAGAAUCCAAGAAUAAACAGAAUUAUUUUGUUGAAGGUUUGUCCUACUCUCUGGAUGAGGCUGUAAUAAUGACAGGAGUCCUGACCGAUGAGGCGCAGCCGGACCAAGUGAACAAUAUUGGACAUUAUUGGAAACCUUGGUUUUUUCGCCAUGUGGAAUCAUAUUUAAAGAAUAACCGAAGUGGAACCGAAUACAUUCCCUUACGCCAUUACUACCACAGGCACACGAGGAGUAUCUUCUGGGAGCUGCAGGACAUCAUUCCAUUUGGCAAUCACCCAGUGUUCCGCUACCUGUUUGGCUGGAUGGUGCCACCAAAAAUCUCCUUAUUAAAGCUCACCCAAGGAGAGACCAUCCGAAAGUUGUAUGAACAGCAUCAUGUGGUGCAGGACAUGCUCGUUCCAAUGAAAUGUCUGCAGAAAGCCAUCAGUGCCUUCCACAAGGAGAUUAACGUCUACCCACUUUGGCUUUGCCCUUUCAUUCUGCCAAGUCAUCCAGGCAUGGUACAUCCUAAGGGCAAUGAAGCAGAGCUCUAUGUAGAUAUUGGGGCCUAUGGGGAACCAAGGACAAAACACUUUGAUGCCAAAGCUUCUAUGCGGCAACUGGAAAAAUUUGUCAGAGAUGUUCACGGUUUUCAGAUGCUUUAUGCAGAUUGUUAUAUGAGCCGAGAAGAAUUCUGGGAGAUGUUUGAUGGAUCCUUGUAUCAAAAGUUGCGACAGAAGCUCGGCUGCAAGAACGCUUUUCCAGAAGUGUAUGAUAAAAUUUGCAAAGCUGCCCGGCACUGAGAGCCAAAGACAUAUUUGUGAUACAACUUAAUUUUUUUUUUACAAAAAAAAAAUAAAAAAAAAAUGAGACUCCAAGCCUUUGUCACAUCCAUCAGCUGAAGGACCGUGCGUUUUGUAACAACCCUUUAACUACUGUGCCUCAACAUCACUGCAUUUUCUAAGAUUAACAUUGCAAAUUUAAGUUAUUCUCUACAACGGUGUUUGGUACGGCUUCCAUAUGUCACCAUAAAGCCCAUAAGUUCACAUAAAGCCCAGUUUAACCUAUGGAGAGCUAAUCACAUGCCGGGUCACAUGUCAUUGUGGAUCAGUCUCUCGCCAAGACUUCCCUAUGCACCCAAGAGGCCAUUUCUCGCUUCCACAAUACCGCUGUUCUCCAUCUGAGAAUGUUUUGUUGUUGAAUGUGAUUCUUGGUUAUGAAGACCAAAUGUCUGUGGAAACCCGAAGAGCUGUUUUCUGAUAAAAUUCAAAAGCUUCCAAAGUUUGUAUAUUUGGAUAAACAUGCCAUCCGGCACAAAUCUUUGUCAGUGACUUUUAAGUGUCUAAUUUCUCAUGUUUUCAAAAAUAUAACUGAGUGAAACUAUCUGUGAGCGCCUUUAUAAAAUGCACAUGAGCAAUUGAAAUGGGUACCCUUCCCCUAGACAUCUCAUCCCCUAUCCAAAGGAUAGGGGACAAGAUGUCUGAUCGCGGGGGUCCAGCUGCUGGGCCCGCGAUCUCCCUGCUGCACCCGGCGAUCGUUUGGAGCGUUGGGUGCAGCUGCUGGGGCUCGUGACAUCACGGCCACGCCCGCUUGUGACUUUGCGGCCACGCCCCCUCAGUACCCCAUUAGGGUCUAUUAGCACGUACAGUAUUCUGAGGCAGAUUUAUGCGCAGGAUUUCAAGCUGUGUUCAGUCAUUGAAUUUACAUUGAAAUCUGCAGCAGAAAAUCCUGGGAUCAAAUCUGCGCAGAAUACUGUACGUGUGACUAGACCCUUAAUGUGUUGUUGGGCAUGGUGUCUGGUGCUGGUCUAUUGGCACUGUAGGGUGAUUGUUUUAGCCCUUUUGCCAUGUUGCUGGCACAAACAUGUUGGGUGUGAAUAUAUAACUAUAGUAUUGGUCUUUACACGUGGAUGUGAUUAUUGGAUGGUUGGUGAUGGAGCCCAGUGCGGGACCAUUUUUUUAAUCCCAUUCCUGUCCCUGCCCAAUAAAUUUCUGACCAUUACCGCCCACACCUGCAAUCUGUUCGUUCCACUCCCACAACAUUUGUGUCCAAUGCUGCCCACAACAUGUGUGUCCAAUCCCGCCCGCUCCAUUUAUGCAAAUAUUAGGGCCACCAUAGAAAAGCUAGGUGAGAAUAUAUGGCCCAGAUUUUCCAUGCUCCUGAAUGCCAUAUCUGCUUAUAGCUGAAUCACUUUAUAUGACGUAGAAGUGAAUGGAGGGGGCGUGGUGGCCACAUUGACAGUCAUCAGGCACGGAGUGGAGUUAGCUCCAUGCAUCGAAUGAUUUGGUGUCGCGCUGGAGAUCGCGGGGGUCCCCGGCGGCGGGAGCCCCGCGAUCUAACAUCUUAUCCCCUAUCCUUUGCGACGGAAUACCCCUUUAAGUGUUUCAGUUCAAAGACAUGCUACUAUGUACAUCACAAGCCACUGUUCUCCAAACUAUGGACCUCCAGAUAGCUGUUGGCUGCGCAGGCAUGCUGGGAGUUAAAGGUUUGCAACAUCUGAAGGUCCACAGUUUUGAGUCCACUACUUAAAGCCUACUUCCAAAUGGGAUAGAUAUACUGCAUGCUUUAAGAGGCAGAACUGUGUGCAGAAAAUCUGCAGCAUAUAACAGUACCAAAUUACACACUUCAGGAAACAUUUGCCUGGAAAUACCCAAUGAAAUAGUGUGAAAUACAUUAUUAUUUCUCUGUUGAUGGCAGAAAUCUUUUUUUUCUAUCUAUAAAGGUUUAUGGGGAGGGGCAGAGCCACAAUUUUUUGAACCAAAAAAAACGCCAUACUCGAAACUGACACAACCAGAAAUCUCCAUUUAAGGGUAAAGAAACGAUUCAUAUUUUCCUGUUGACUUCCAGAUAACAUCUUGCUGCAGAGAAAAUAGGAAUGUCCAGCGC